ACUUUCUUCUUCAAAGAGAUGUUUUCAUUAUGGCUUUCUGAGGCUAAAAUGUGAAACUUUGCACAACACUUCUUUUGGAUGUAAGAGGAAAAAUGGAUGUGUGCUGAAUUUUUCUUCUGCGUCUGAACUUCAAGAACAUUUCUCCAGCAUUAAUGGACACAACAUCACUUUCUCUUGUUUGAGAGUUGCAAUGGAACCAAAUGAAUAGUUCUAUUCCAUGGUUUUGCAUGCUCUGAGGAAAACUCUGAACAGCACACUUAAGUGAAGCGCUGUUAGGCUGUUCAAGUUGUAAGUGUGACUGUGUCUCUCGGCUUUGGCGUGCUGACUCAGUGAUUUCUCCAAUGGACGUCAUUCUCAACUUGAUAACGCCAGACUCCUCUCCAUCCACUUCCCCAACUAACACCAUUGAGAGGCUGGAGGGCAGUCUCGUGCAGGCUGCGCUGGCCACGUCUUAUGGGGGUGAUGGGUCAUUGCUGGGGUCAGAGGAUGCUAAUCUGGACCCCCAGCGCUCACGGCAGGCGAUUGCACAACUGCAGCAGAAGAUCCUGAAACUUACGGAGCAGCUGCGUAUCGAGCAGGCGGACCGCGAUGAGAACGUGGCCGAGUACCUCAAACUGGCCAGCAAUGCCAACGACAAACAGCAGAGCACCCGGAUCAAACAGGCCUUUGAAAAGAAGAACCAGAAGUCGGCAGCAAGCAUCGCGCAGCUGCAACGCAAGCUAGAGCACUACCACCGGCGCCUGCAUGAGGGGGAGCACAGCGGCGUGCAGAGGCAGCCCAAAGAUGUCCUGCGGGAUGUGCAGCAGGGCCUGCGAGAUGUGGGCGCCAGAGUCAUAACUGGCAUCAGCGAGGGAGUCGUAAAGGGCGGACUGUCCAGUUUUUCUCAUGCCACGCAAUCAACCGCGGGCACAGCUGCCUCCAAACCUCGCGAGAUCGCUUCGUUGAUUUGCAACAAGUUUGGAAGUGCUGACAACAUCAAUGCUUUGAAGGAUGCAGCGGAGGACGGAGAGGAAUGCCUGGCCACUGGAGGUCGCUCUCUGGGGUCUGCUGGCGGCCACUUGCAGUCCAGUCCGAAGUUCGGGAGCGACGAGGAUUGUUCAAGUGCUACUUCUGGAUCGGCGGGAGCCAACAGCAUGACGGGGGCCCCCGGGGGCCCACCCAGCUCGAGGGGGAACACGCUGGAAAGGGGGCAAAGCGGUAGCUUAGACAUGCUGUUGCAGGAAGUGCAGGACUUGCGAGAUGCACAGACGCGGCUGGAAGAGACUGUGGAAAAUCUAAAGAGCAAUUAUCUUAAAGAGUGCACACAGAUGAUGCAAGCGCUUCAGGAGGAGAGGUUUAGGUGUGAGCGUUUAGAAGAACAACUGAAUGAUCUGACUGAACUCCAUCAGAACGAGAUCUUGAACCUGAAGCAAGAACUGGUCAGCAUGGAGGAGAAGAUCGCGUAUCAGUCCAACGAGAGGGCCCGUGACUUACAGGAGGCUCUGGAGGCAUGUCAGACGCGCAUUUCAAAGAUGGAGCUUCAGCAGCAGCAGCAGCAGCUCGUGCAGUUAGAGGGUUUGGAGAACGCCACAGCACGAACGCUGCUCGGCAAACUCAUCAAUGUGCUGCUGGCGCUCAUGGCCGUCCUGCUCGUCUUUGUGUCCACUGUCGCCAACUGCGUCAUCCCGCUGAUGAAGACCCGAAGCCGCUCCGUCUCCUCGCUGCUCCUCUUUCUCCUCUUCGCUGUCCUCUGGAGGAACUGGGACACUUUCUCCGGACACACGUACCGCAUGCUGCACACGCCGAGAUGACCUGCCAGCGGAGCUGCAGCUGCCAUUUGAUUGGACGGGGGUACUAGCCAAUUCCCUCCUUGUUCAAUAGUUUUGAAACAUUUUGCACAUGUUUACAACUUUGAAUGCCUUCAGAAUACAUUAGUUUUACUAUGAAGUUUGAUUAGUUACAUUAAUAUUAUUUGUUUUUCUAAUGUUAUUGUUUUCUUUUAAGCAUGAUUUAUUUCAAUGUAGCAUUAAAUUAGUAGUUUACCUAAAAUAAAAUUCUUUCAUUAUUAAUUCAACUUCAACAUGUUCCAAAACUGUAUGACUUUCUUAUGCAAAACAUAAAAGGAGAAUUUUUGAAGAAUGUUCAUGCAGCUCUUUUAUUAUAAUGUCUGUCAAGCUCCAAAAAUAACAAAAUAGCACCAUGAUACUACCAAAGUAGUUUAUAUGACUACUUGUUCAGGUCUUCUGAAGUCAUACGAACACUUUGUGUGGGGCACAAACUGAAAUUUAAGUCAUUAUUCAACAAUAACCUUCCCCUCUGCAGAAACUCGAAAAUCUCAUUCAUGUUCAGAUUUUCAUGUCAUUGCUGCCAAAUGCCAUUGAUUUUUGCAUGUGUGGUAACUAGGGCUGUCAGUCGAUUUAAAUGCUAAAUAAUUACUUGAUGUGCUGAUUAAUUAAUUCCAAUGAAUCAGUAUUUACUGAGAAAAGCCCUAAAAAAAAAAAAAAUUAUAAAUAUAAUUCAGAUCAUUUAAAUACAUCAUUUAUUGUAGCAGCAGACAAAUAAAGCCUUUAUACAAUACAAAAAGUGUCUUUAAAAGUCAAAAUACUGUUUAUUUCCAUAUCAUUGAACAUAAAACUAUUAUUGACCUACUUCCCUCGAUGCUCGAUUUUUAAUUGUUGGUCUUUGUACUCGUGCGUCAGACGGACGUGUUUGGAGCGUCUCACUAGUUUUCAGCAUCUCUAGUCAUAAGUGCUGUGUUUUUAGGAUGCUGUGUCAAGUUAAACGUAGUUUAAAACGUUGAAAAACAUGUCUGGAGAUGGAAGACUGUGCUGCUCUCCUUGGUUUUCUGUACAGCUGGAGUCGUGCUGACUGCCCCCUACUGACACAGAUUCACUAAAACAUCAAGGUGCGACAUCAAACUUGAAUUGCUCUGAUGCUAAGAUGGUUCUUUAUUACGGAAAUAACAUACAAGUCGGGGGCAUGAUUAAUUGCGUUCAUUUCUUUUACGCGUUAUUUGUCAUUUAAUUAAUCACACUAGAUUAUCGUGUUAAAUCAACAGCCAUUGUCAGAACUGAAUACAGGUGUGCCAGUUUGAAUAUGUGGGAUGGAGAAUGAGAUUUGAACGCUUCAUUGGAGGAGAACAUUUUUACAGAAUGACAACAAUGAUGAAUUUGUGCUGGUUCCUCACACAAAGAGUAAAUAAUGAAUAAAUAAAUGAGUUUUCUUUUUUGGGUGAAAUAUUUUUUUUAACUGUUCUAUGGUCUCAUUGAAAUGAUUCUGAAUGUCAUGUUAAGAUUGGCUUUUAGGGGGUGUAUGCACUUUCAGCAGUGUUACACAAUCCUCACUGUAUUCACUGCACUGGAGCGUGAAGGAAGAGCUUCUCUUUGAUAAGACACCUGCUUCCUGGACUAAACAGACUAAUGGAUACACCGGUGUAAAUCUCACCUCUGGGGACUAAAUGUGCUGCUUCCUGUACUGUUAUUAUUUUUACACAAACAAGUCGAAGAAUUUUGGCUUUGUAGCAGCAUAACCUGAAGUAAAAACGCUGUUUUAAAUUAAGUAUUAAUUUCUAGAAUAUUGCAUUGCCUUAUUGGAGGGGCUUGUUCACCCUAUGACAUCAGAGACAUGCGACAAGAACAGUAGUCACUAUUAUUGUUUUUGAUAUGUCAAGAUCAAUAGUAUAGCAUGAGUAAAACAUACUUUGAUGAUCUUAUGUGAUCUUUUAAUUUGCUAUGUCUAAUUUAGCAAUAGAUUGAGACUGUUAGUUUUAACUGAGACUGUUGUCAUUAAUGAUCAGCUGUUUAUUCAGAUGUGUAUGUAUGAUAAUAAGCUCUUCGCAGGGAUGGAUUACUGACCGGGUCAAUGGGGCCAGUGCCCAGGGGCCCUUGACUGCCCGGGGGGUCCCUGGGCUUUAAGGUUGCGUGAUCCAGUUUGGCGAUCCCCCCCGUUUGAAAACCCGUCAACAAUGAAAACGAACCCCACGCCCCCCCCCCCCCCUCCCAGUUGCCAGUUGGGCCAGUUGCUAUGUUAAAAAAUGGUGGGAGGGGGGCCCUUGGAGAUAAUUGGCCCCGGGGCCUUUGCAAGUCAUAAUCUGUCCCUGGCUCUUCGUACUCUACACAAGUUGACCUAGUCAACUCGCUCAUGAACUUAUGUGUUGAAUUGGUAGCACUGUUGUCAAACUAGAGAAUGAUUGUAUGUACAGUAAUAUUUUUCAAUAAUUUCAUCUUCUGUCAGUAAUUCGAAUUACAUUUCUUUAAUUAGAAAUGCGGUGUCUGUCUCUGGAAGCUCAGGCCUCACAGACCCUUACCGUUUUACCCUGCCACAGGAUGUGUUUGUGUACUAAAUGAUGUUAUUUUGAAAAUGUAAAAAUGCAGAAAGAUUUUUGUGAGGGUUAGGUUUAAAGGUAGGGUUAGGGUUAGGGGAUAGAAUCUAUAGUUUGUACAGUAUAAAAAUCAUUAUGUCUAUGGAGAGACCUCAUAAUGAUAGCUGCACCAACAUGUGUAUGUGUGUGUGUGUGUGCGCGCGCACGCGUGUGCAUGCGUGCGUGUGUGUGGAGUGGAUAAACCACUGAAGUGCCUUCCAACAUUAUCUACUUUAAGACUUCAAGACAUCUUCAUCUUUAAGAUUUUGUAAUAAAGGCCAUU